ACCAGCAUGUUCUUUGAUCAACGAGCAGCUGUAAAGCUACUCCACGUUGUAAUUUCUUCCCGAAGAUCGUUUCUGGCCAUCCGCAGCAUAGGAUCUUCGUCCUCGGAAACCUCAACCACAUCGCAGGUCUUCACAUAAGAACGCAACGGCGAGUCCAAUUCCUCUCCACCCACGCCCUCCACAUUCCCGCUAUGCUGUCUCUCAAGCCAUACUCUGGUCCCUUGCGCAAGCUCGUUAUUGCAUUCGAUAUCGGUACGACAUUCAGUGGUAUUGGCUAUGCGGUCCUCGACCCUGGUGAAGUCCCGCGAAUCCAGGGAGUCACUAGAUUUCCUGGACAAGAAAAUGGUGAUUUCAAGAUACCUUCAGUGCUCUGGUACACUACAGAUGGCAAGGUCCACACUGCAGGCGCUGAGGCCCGCGAUCCUGGUAUGACUCUGGUAGCGGAAGACGAAGAUUUGAUUUUCAUCGAGUGGUUUAAACUUCAUCUCCGCCCCAGUGAGAUGAACUCAGACGGUCUCCGCAAGUCCGACCUUCGUCCUCUGCCACCUAAUAAGACAGUGAUGCAGGUAUUCGGCGACUUCUUGGCAUACCUUUUUGAGUGUACCAAGCGCUAUAUUGUCGAGACCCAUCCUAAUGGCUCCAGUCUCUGGUCUUCCGUUGAGCCACGCAUCGAAUUUGUCCUGAGCCACCCGAAUGGUUGGGAGGGUGUGCAACAGGGAAAGAUGCGCCAUGCUGCCGUACAUGCUAAGCUGAUCCCCGAUACUCCGGCUGGGCAUGCCAGAGUACAUUUCGUCAGCGAGGGAGAAGCAAGUUUAUUGUAUUGCGUGGACAAUGGUCUCGCGGCGGAUGCGAUUCAAGAUGAUGCAAGCGUAAUGAUCAUCGAUGCAGGCGGAGGAACAAUAGACCUCAGCACCUACAAGUUCACUACUGCCAGUCCGGUCUCGGUCGAAGAGAUUGCAGCUCCCGGAUGUAUUCUUCAAGGCUCCACCCGCGUCAACAUGCGGGCUAUGGAGUUCUUGAAAGAGAAACUCAAAGAUUCCCAAUACGGGAAUGACGAAGACUUGACAACCAUGUUGGAUAGCUUUGAAAAAUCGACCAAGCCAACUUUCAAGGACCCCGCGGAUAGGUCCUUCAUAAAAUUUGGAUCUAUCCGGGACCGAGACCCUGCCGUCGGCAUCCGCAACGGACAGCUCCCCCUCGAAGGGGCUGACAUAGCGCAAUUUUUCGAGCCGUCGAUCCAAGGUAUUGCGUAUGAAGUGCGUGCGCAACGCCUGGCCGCGUCUGAGCCUGUGGAUACGGCUUUUCUUGUUGGCGGCUUUGCUGCCAGCCCUUGGCUAUACUCUCGCCUGAAGACGAUCCUCCAGAACGUGGGGGUGAAACUUUCUAGACCGGACAAUCACACUAAUAAGGCCGUUGCUGAGGGCGCAGUGUCUUUCUUCCUUGGCCACUCCGUGGCUGCUCGCGUCGCAAGACUCACGUACGGGACCAGCUGCGUGGCUGACUAUAAACCCAACGAUCCGGAUCACGCGAUUCGUGCCGCUCAGGUUUAUAGCCGUCCAUCGGGCAGGUUGGUCGUUCCCGAAGCCUUCGACGUGAUUCUCGCGAAGGGCACAAAGCUGCGUGAAGAUGAAGAACUCCGCCGUCCGUUCUUCCAGGAAUCAGCAAAGGCAUCAAGUUUGAAUAACAUCUCCUCGGACGUCAUGUGCUAUCGUGGGAAGGCCAAGAGACCUGACUGGACUGACCUCGAGCCUGAAAUGUUCUCUACGCUCUGCACGAUCUAUGCCGACACGUCUAAGGUUGUCAAGCAGAAGCACCAGGGUCCAAAGGGUGUUUACUAUACCCAGAAAUUUGAUGUCGUCCUCUCGUGCGGCACGACUGAAAUGAAAGCUCAGAUCUGUUGGAUGGAGAACGGUAUGGAGAAACGGGGUAACGCGAAGAUCGUGUACGAUGACGACGUCGAAUCCGCCUCUUGA